AUGGCCCGCACCAAGGCAGAGCCGCGCGCAGGCAACCCCGGCUUCCUGUCGCGCCUGCGCCAGCGCAAGCAGCCCACCUCCACCCACAACGUCGUCUCCCACGAACACUCCGUCAACCCCAUCACCGGCACCCACACCGAGACCCACAAGACCAAGACGCACCCGCGCGGCCCCGCUGCCGGCGGUCAUGGCGGCAAGGGCCCGCUGGCCAAGAAGCACAAGGGCACCACCGCCGCCGGCGGCGUGCCGCGUCGCAAGCCCACCCCCGCCGACAAGCUCUCCGGCGCCCUGCUCAAGGUCGAGGGCAGCUUGGAGAGGAAGCCCGGCAAGAAGGCUGCGGGUGCCCGGCGCAUGAACGGGACCGACGGGCGAGUCGUGUGA